AAAAAGAGGGAGAGAAAGAGAUGGAAAAAGAAAAUACACGGAACACGAACGCACGCACGUACGUACGCACGCACGCACGCACGCAUGCACGCACGCACGCACGCACGCACGCACGCACGCACGCACGUUUUAUCCUCGGACGUCUACGAUCGAGAUGGAUCAUCGUCGUCAUCGUCGAGUGACGAUCGAGAGAAGGAAUAAUAAUUCUACGACACGUGUCUUCGAAAGUAAUCUCGAAUCGGAUCGAAGUUGAAUUAUUAAUUAAUUAAUUAACGAAUAAGAAAUGAAGGAUAGAAGGAAGGAAGUUACGAAGAGGACGAAGAAAGUAAGACGACCAGGAUUAAAACGAUGGUCUCUCUGUCUGUCUCUGUCUAUCUAUCUGUCUGUCUGUCUGUCUCUGUCUCUAUCUCUGGCACAUCGCCUAUGAAAUAUUUUUUUCCGCGUGGGUGCACCCGCGUUUUCUCAAAGCAUUUACGCGAAUAUAUAUCCGCCAACGUCAUAUAUAUAUAUAUAUAUAUAUAUAUAUAUAUAUAUAUAUAUAUAUAUACUUUGCCCCUCGUAGUUUUUCUAACUUUUUUUUACCAAAGAAAAUUUAAGAAGGAAUUAAACGUUAAACGUUUUAGAUAUAUAUCACGAAAAAUUUGUCGAACCUUUUUAGUUAAACUAUCAUUCUGACGAUACGUUUACUUUUCUUUUUUAUUUCCUUCGUUUCUUUUCUUCCUUCUUUCUUUCUGUCUCUUUUUAUUUUCUCGACGAAGGAAAGACGAAGAGAGAUAGAUAGAUAGAGAGAGAUAGAUAGAUAGAGAGAGAGAGAGAGAGAGAGAGAAAGAGAGAGAGAAAGAGAAAACGUCCGAUGAUCUCUUUCCUUUUGGCACGUCGCAUCGACGUUUGUUUCUCCUCGACGGCCGAUGGCCAGCCACGAGGAGCGUUUGCUCGGAGCGCGUUGCGCGAUCCCGCGUCGGGAGACACGUGACGUGAGUGAAAAGUGCCUAACCGGGAUGUUUCCGGUCGGUGCCAGACGAAAAGAGAGACAGAGAGAUAAAAAGAAAGAGAGAGAGAGAGAGAGAGACAUGCAGAGAGAAAUAGUUUCAUACGUGUAUAUACAUGUAUAUAUGUAUAUAUAUAUAUAUAAAGAGAGAGAGAGAAAGAGAGUGUACAAAUAUUCUAAUUGGGAAUAACUAUGAAAAAAAGAGUUUAGAAAACAUCAGAGAUAAAAACAAAUAAAAAAAAAAAAAAUGAGAAAGAUAUAGAAAAAGAUACAUAGAGAGAGAGAGAGAGAGAGAAUAAUCGUGGCAUCCUUGUCUCGCGAUCGUCACGAUCGAGCGCGGUAAAUUAGAAACUCUACCGUAGAGAUCUCUGCUACCGUAAGUACGUAGAGCGAUACGCUCCGUCGGAUUCGCGCCAAUUUCCACGCGAAGAACCUUACCCGACGUCUUGCCCUUCCUCCACCAACAGGAGAAACACGAAGAGGAUUAAAAGAGAAAAGGAUAGAAAAGAUCCGUGAUCGUGCGUGACGCGUCCGUAAAAGUUCGUGUGUGUUUCGUAUGUAGUGUUCUUCGUAAAGAAAAAGAGAGAGAGAGAGAGAGAGAGACAGAGAGAGAUAGAUAAAGAAAAAAAAAUAGAAAGAGAGAGAGAGAGAGAGUGAUACGCACAAGUGCACGUGCAUACACGCACACGUGCUCUCUCUCGGAAAAGGAGGAGAAGGUGGUAGUGACGGUGGAGGAGGAGUCGGUGGGAAAGGAGGAGGUGGAGAAGGAGGAGGAACUCUCGAGCUUCGGGUUAGAAAGGAGACACGCAUGACACGCACGUAUGCACGCACGUAUGCACGUCGUGCUGUCACGAUCGCGAAGUGACGGUACGUACGUAUAUAUACAUAUAUAUAUACAUAUAUAUACGUAUAUAGAUAGAUGGAUAGAUACAUACGUACAUAGAUGCGCGUGAAUUAAAAACUUGCGAAUCUCUUCUCUCUCUCUCUCUCUCUCUCUCUCUCUCUCUUUCUCUCUCCUUCCUGGCGUCGUAACGGCAUACAAGAAAGGUUAACCGAAAAGAAAGGAUUUCAGAUUGAUAGAUAGAUAAACGUGAUGAAUAAGAUAGAAUGACAAAUUGGACGAUGCUAGAAAUAUAUUAACAAAGAGAAAGAGAGAGAGAGAGAGAGAGAGAGAGAGAGAAGGAGAGAGAGAGAGAGAGAGAGAGAAAUGACAAAUUGAGCGAUGCUAGAAAUUAUAUAUGAAAUUUAUUAUAAGAGAAAGAGAGAAAGAGAGAGAAACAGGUGCAGAAGAGAUUUCAUAAGAUCAAAAAUAAGAGAGGAAAAGAGAGAGAAAGAGAGAGAGAGAGAAGUAUUUAGUGCUACGAUGUUUUAGCGGAAGUACGUAAAGACUGCGUUCGAGGCAAACGACGUAGAUUGAUUUACGAAUCUCGAGAGUCAGAUAAAGAGGGAGAUAGAUAGAUAGAUAGAGAUAGAGAGAGAUAGAGAGGAAGUAGCGGAUGAAAGGUACCGGAGCAUUAACGAACAAGGUGAAAGAAGGAAAGAAAUAGUGAUAGUUGACCUUCUAUAAAAUGUAAGGAUAACAGCAAAAGAAAUAUAAAAGGAAGAGAUAGAGGGAGAGAGAGGAAGAGAAAGAAAGAAAAGUAGCUGGUAAUUCGUCGAGAUUCCAACAAGAAUUGGUAUUAUUUAAAGAAGAAAAACGAGAGAGAGAGAGAGAGAGAGAGAGAGAGAGAGAGAAGAGGCGAGAGAUAGUGCGUGUUCCGCGAGCCGUUCGCGACGAGACGAAAAUAUCUCACGUGCGUCGAGAAAAAGAGAGAGAGAGGGAGAGAGAGAGAGAGAGAGAGAGAGAGUGAGAGAGGGAGAGAAUAAAUCUCAAAGAUCUUUUGGAGGCCGACUACAACUACAACUACGACUAUGACUACGACUACAACUAUGAUUAUGACUACAACGUCGAAGGCGGAGGCGGCGACGGCGGUGGUGGCAGUAACGACGACGAGAAAAGAGAGAAAGAGAGAGAGAGAGAGAGAAGGAAAGGAAAGAGGGAGAGAGAGAGAGGGAGAGGGAGAGAGAGGUAGCUGGCGUGAUUCGGUGAGAAGAAGCUUUUUGCAGGGUCGCGGGGUGCAGUUCAGACAUGGGAAGUGAGCAUUACUGCCUGAGGUGGAACAAUCAUCAGAGCAACUUGCUGGGUGUGUUCAGUCAACUGCUGGAGUCGGAGUCGCUGGUGGACGUGACACUGGCGUGCACGGAGGGACCAUCGAUACGCGCCCACAAGGUAGUCCUCUCCGCGUGCUCCAGCUACUUCCAGGCCCUGUUCCUCGACCAUCCGAACCGUCACCCCAUCGUCAUCCUAAAGGACGUACGUUUCGCCGAGUUACGUACCCUCGUCGACUUCAUGUACAAGGGCGAGGUAAACGUCGAGUACUGCCAGCUCUCGGCGCUUCUCAAGACAGCGGAGAGCCUCAAGGUGAAAGGUCUAGCGGACAUGACGAACAUCAACGCUGCCGUAGCUUCGCGAGAGGAUCAACAGACGCAACAAACGCAACAGCAGCAACAGCAACAACAGCAACAACAACAACAACAACAGCAGCAACAGCAACAACAAUCGCAACAACAAUCGCAACAGGCUCAGCAGCAACAAUCGCAGCAACACGAUCGAAGCUCGGAGUGUUUGCAACGGGAAUCCUCGCGAGAGCAACAUCAUCGGGAACGUGAAAGUAUAAAGGAUAGCGUUGGCAGUAGCGUUGGGAAGUCGAACGACAGAGAGAGAGCCGAGGGAAACGUUUCAGGCGUCGCGACGGCUGCCUCGGCCGGCGCGACGACGUCCAGCCAAGGCACGAAAGAUUCUGCCGAUCAACAACAGCAUCAGCAGCAGCAACAACAACAGCAACAACAACAACAGCAGCAGCAACAACAGCAACAGCAGCAACAGCAACCGCAACAACAGCAGCAGCAAUUGCAAACGCAAGCGCAGCAGCAGCAACAGCAGCAACAGCAACAACAGCCGAAUCAUCCGCAGGGUACGACGAGCGAUUCGGGCGAGGCCGUCGACAUGACGGAUUGUCCGGGCUCGCCAACGGGCCCAGGUAGUCCCUGUCCUGGUCCCUUGGCUCUCGAUCGACCAAGAAGGGAUUCCGAGGAUGCUGCUAGCCUCGAAGAGACUAGAGGCUCCCUCAGUCCGAUAUCGGUACACAGUGGUCCAUCCGACAUGAGCCUGAGCAAUAACACCGCCGGUACACCUGGUGUCUUACCUUUGAACUUACCGCAGAGCCGACUUCCGUCCCCGCACAGUACCGAACCACUCGCAGGGCCAUCAGGCCUACCCCCUGUUCAACAAGUUCCGCUUUCGUUGAAAAAGGAAAUGGACUGGGAAAGAUCGACCGAGGAACGGAGCGUCAGCAGUGAAAUAUCCACGGACUACAGACUCCCGCCAGAUCCGGUAUCUUUGGCGUUGGGCCUCGAAGCGGGUGGUUGGGGUGCACUCGUCGAAAGAUCGAGCGGACAUCAUCAUCAUCAUCAUCACGGUGGUGGAAGCGGUACGGGAGGUGGUGGUUCAUCAUUGAUCGGUCACGGAAGUUUCGCAAGUUUAGCAGGUUUGGCACGACGUUGCGGUGUCUGUUUGGCUACCUUCCCGUCGGCCUGGUUGCUCGAACGUCACGCUUUGCUCCAACACGCUGGUCAAUCGAACGACGACAAGCCGUUUACGUGCGAGCAGUGCGGUCAACGUUAUCGUUACCGUUCGGCUUACGUUAAACACCGCGAACAAAAUCAUCGGGCACGUUUGCCCGCGGACAAGCUCUUCACCUGCGACGUAUGCGGCAUGCAAUUCAGGUAUCUUAAAUCGUUCAAGAAGCAUAGACUGAAUCACGCGUUGGAAAGAUUGCAACGUGCACCGAGCGAGACCCACAACGUAUCGGUUCUGACGUCGCCAGUUGCCGAAAGGAGCGAUCAGGUAUCAAGUACGGGUGAGCCAAGUCAAAUCGAGACGGGUAGCGACUCAACGACCAAUCCGGGUGACGUCGAAGAGUCAAGGGGUAUAUUUUCGGAAAAUGCGAGAGGGGAGGAGAGCGUUUCGGAAACGGCAAGUAUCCAAGAUAAUCCAGGUGAGGCGAUCGAGGCGAUACAAAUGACGGAUACCUUGAUUAACGAGACUAAUACGACCGCUAAGUCCGCUAUGAUGAUGAUGACGGGUACUACGACUACGACCGCUACGACGACCGCUACGACGACUACAACAGCUACGACGACGAUCGGUACGACGAUUACGAGAACUAUGACAUCGUCUACGACUGCGACGAUGAUGACGUCAGGUUGUAGAAGCAACAUUCCCGGUAUGAUAUCACCGUCGGUGACCGGAAGCGAAAUUGGCCUGCACAACAUUGGCACAGGUAACACGACGAUGGACGUUGUCGCGGAUCCUGAUGAAUCUGUCUUAGACGAUGGCGAACGUGGCGAGGCGCAGGAUGCUACUAUGAUAACAUUGGCACGUACCGGGCACGAGGCCGAUCGACGCGAACGACGUUUCGCUUGUCCAUUUUGUGGAAAAUGCGUUAGAUCGAAGGAAAAUUUAAAAUUACACGUGCGCAAGCACACCGGCGAACGGCCUUUCGUUUGUCUAUUUUGCGGCCGUGCAUUUGGCGGUAAAAGCGAUCUAACAAGGCACCUACGGAUACACACUGGCGAAAGGCCGUAUCAUUGCGAAAUGUGCGGGAAAUGUUUCGCGCGUGCCGAUUAUCUUUCCAAACACUUAACCACUCAUAUACAUCAGCGUUAAAAAUCGUCCCCUCUUGAUCUUCUUCGAUCAAAUCGAAUCCCUCCUAACUUCGAGGGAUUUUUUCCUUCCACCACUCUUCAUCCACUCCAUCCCUUCCCGUCCUACCUUUUACGCACGCGAGCGUGUCUAUGUAUAUUCGAGAGAAGAAAGAAGAAGAAGAAGAAGAAGAAGAAGAAGAAGAAGAAGAAAAAGAAGAAGAAGAAGAUGGGGAAACAAAAAUGGAUAGACGUAUCUUUUAAUUGUGCGACGAACGAGAAAAGAAAAUAAGAGGAGUAUAUAUCGUUUAUUCGAUAAAUAUUAAGACGCGUUAAUUAAACGAGAUGAGAGAUACGCUAAAAGAACGGGAAAAAAAAAGAAGAAAAAGUUAAGAAAGAAGGAAGGAAUACGGG